AGGGUCGCGUGGCUUCCGUUCCGAGAGGGCGGGCCGGCAUCCCAAACGGAAGGUGGUAGUCGCUGCCCGAGCUGGUUUGAAAGUGGUGGUCGGGCCCGGCCGAGAGUGUUUGUGUAUCGCCGAGGACCCGCUGGAGGGUUAGGCCGUUCUUGACCGCCCCGGCCCCGCCUCCCCUCGGACCCGCAGACCCAAGCCCGGCUCCCCGCCUGUCUUGUGCCCCAGCCCGCUGCCUCUCCAGCCGGCUCUGCGGCCCAGCCGCCACCAUGUCCCUGCACGGCAAACGGAAGGAGAUCUACAAAUAUGAAGCGCCCUGGACUGUGUACGCCAUGAACUGGAGCGUGCGGCCAGACAAGCGCUUUCGCCUGGCGCUGGGCAGCUUCGUGGAGGAGUACAACAACAAGGUUCAGCUUGUUGGUUUAGAUGAGGAGAGUUCAGAGUUUAUUUGCCGAAACACCUUUGAUCACCCAUACCCUACCACAAAGCUCAUGUGGAUUCCUGACACAAAAGGCGUCUAUCCAGACCUUCUGGCAACCAGUGGUGACUAUCUUCGUGUGUGGAGGGUUGGUGAAACAGAGACCAGGCUGGAGUGCUUGCUAAAUAAUAACAAGAACUCAGACUUCUGUGCUCCCCUGACCUCCUUUGACUGGAAUGAGGUGGAUCCUUAUCUUCUAGGUACCUCAAGCAUUGACACAACAUGCACCAUCUGGGGACUAGAGACCGGACAGGUGCUGGGACGGGUGAAUCUCGUGUCUGGCCAUGUGAAGACCCAGCUAAUUGCCCAUGACAAAGAGGUCUAUGACAUUGCGUUCAGCCGAGCUGGAGGUGGCAGGGACAUGUUUGCCUCUGUGGGAGCUGAUGGCUCUGUGCGAAUGUUUGACCUCCGCCAUCUGGAACAUAGCACCAUCAUUUAUGAAGACCCACAGCACCACCCUCUGCUUCGCCUCUGCUGGAACAAGCAGGACCCUAACUACCUGGCCACCAUGGCCAUGGAUGGGAUGGAGGUGGUGAUUCUGGAUGUUCGAGUUCCCUGCACACCAGUUGCUAGGCUAAACAACCACCGAGCAUGCGUCAAUGGUAUUGCUUGGGCCCCACACUCAUCCUGCCACAUCUGCACUGCAGCGGAUGACCAUCAGGCUCUCAUCUGGGACAUCCAGCAGAUGCCUCGGGCCAUCGAGGACCCUAUCUUGGCCUACACAGCUGAGGGAGAGAUCAACAAUGUGCAGUGGGCCUCCACUCAGCCUGACUGGAUUGCUAUCUGCUACAACAACUGCCUGGAGAUACUCCGCGUGUAGUGUCGGUGGCACCUCACCUACCAGGCAGGGGCUUGUGUGCUUCAGCCUCUGCCCCCUUCCCUCCCCAUGUAAGAAGAAUGUGUUUCCAGUGGCCAGUAUGUCUGUUGUUGCUUUACACCCACUGUGUUCAGAAGCUGCUGUAGAAGUCCAGGCCAGUUACCCCGCUGUCUGUGUUGGACUGUGCUGUGUGGCGCCACUGCAGCCCAGGGCUGAGUUUGAAAUUUUCACUCCUUUCCUCUUCUUUGCUUCUUCAAUUAAACGUUUCUGUAUAUUUGUUUGUCAGGUGUUGUGUUCAUGAACAGUACAAGCACUGGCUCUGUCCAUUUGCCCCAUGUCUGUCUGUCUGCUGCUGAGGCAGUCGUCCGUCUUGUGUCCCCAUCUGUGUUUGCUAGCACUUAAGUGGGAACAAAGGCCAACUUCAGAUUGUCUUUCCUCCUGGCACCAGUGUCUUUUAACAAACCUCAACUUUGUAUGUUUUUUAUCUAUCAGGCUAGUUUUUUUACGAAAAGAUUUUAAUCUUUCUGGUUUCUUGAUUUCACAGGUUUCCCUCUUUGUACCUUCCUCUCUCCCCUCAGUGCCUGCAGUGGGUACUGGACCCUAGACCCCACGAGCAGUUUGCUUUCCUGAGUCACUGCCUGUAUGGCAUACCCCUGACCGGGAGUUGACAACUGCGCUGGUGCUCUGAAGUCUACUGACUCAUCCACCUUCCCUCGGCCCUCGAAGGCCCCAGGAGACAGGAAGCUUCUGUCCACCCUCAAGUUCCUUUCUCUGCCUUCACUGAGUACCCUGUGGGGCUGAGACAAGCAGUUGACUAGAGGCCAUGCUGAGGGAAAGCUGAACUUAUGCCGUGUUUCCAGUACCUGGUUUCAGAAUCUAUUUUUCCAGUUUUGAACUUGAAUGAUAAGCAAGAAAGAUCUAAGCUAAGCUUCUGUUUGUUGAGUUUCCUCUCCCAUCUGGCCAUCUUUGGAUUGAGUGCUCUGAAUAAGAGACUUCCUGAGAGGUACCGUCUGUGCUUGACCCUGAACAAGAUCUUUAGACUGAGAUAGACAGGCAGUGCUCAUAAAUGAUGAGCUAAUCAACUGUGCUGGUCCCAGGGUCAGCCGUCUAAUAUUGUCCACACCUGUGGCACUUGCCCUCGCCUCAGUGAAGGUUAUGAGCAGUAUUGGACUUUGUAGGCUGCAGUUGGCCGUGCUGACUUCAGGCCUUGCGUGUCUGUUUCCGUUAUGUGUAUGGGUUCCAUGGAGGGGACUUGUAUGUGGUUCUGACUUUAGAUGAGUCCCUGGCAGAGUCUGGAGCAUGGUCUAGGAGAGUGUGCCUGGCUUAUAUUCUGCCGAGCUGCUUGCAGGUUUCUUAGAUGUUCUUGCAUGAGUAGAGUAGCAGGCCUGACAGCUGAUGAGUGGUAUUGGCCACUCAUGCUGCCAUUGCUGGAGAAGUAAAUGUUGACUCAUUCUUCUGGGAACAUGGCUGAGUCUUUGCUCGCUUCCACAGCUGAUGUAAUUAGUUGUAUGCCAAAAGUCUUAGUUUAGCUUCACUACAUAGGAGUUUGCCCCAAAGGAAAGGCUUUUUCAUUCAGGGUAUUUCUCCUUGGCCUUCCUAAUCUGUCAUUCUGAUCUCGGGUCCCUGGCUGGCCAAAUGCUUGAGGUUAAUGUUCCUGUACUAACCUGUGGCUUGCUCUGUAUCAGUUUGUGGUUACCUCUGCUCUUAGUGGCAUUUGCUAGCUAGGUACAAACACCUCAAGGGUAGCAGGCUUGCUGAUGAUUUCUGCUUGUAGGAGCCCUCGGUUUCUUCCUGGGCUGAGUCUACAGUAGAAGUCAGGGUGGUCACAGUGUUUGUGGGGAGCACUUAUGCUGGGGAGCACCUCUGUUCCUUGUGGACUUUAACUUGGGCUGAAUGAUGGGACUUGAAAACAAAGUUUUAAAAGGUUAACAGCAGUUAAUUAGAAUACAUUUGUGUGAGGUCUGUAUGUGCUUUGGAAACCAGCCGUGUGUGGUGAUUGUCCCUACUCUGUGGACAAUCCUUCCUUCAGCUUCCUUCAGUCUUCUUUUCUCGCCUCCGUCCGGAUUAGGUAAGACUCUUGCUAUCUCCAUCUCCACGUGCACAUGCACCCACAGUUGCAGGGCUGCUGGCAUCUGAAGUCUUGCUCUAUCGUAUGCACAGGUGGCUCCUGUAGCUGAGGAAGAGGUUUCUGUAGUCAUAAGAGGCAGGAAGUCCAUCAUAAGUCUGCUCUCUUCCCUGGAGCACAGCUCUGCUAAAGUUUCAAAGCCAGUCUCUAUUAAUAUGUGCCGGUUCUUAGGCUGGCAGUGAGGUGGGUCAGGAUCUCCAGAUCUGUUCUCUAGGCUCUGCUGUGCCUGUAGUGCUAUUUUGAUGUGGUUUUGGCAAGCUAAGCUCUAGGCUCUGGCCUGUGGUUUCUGUGUCUGCUGUAUGGGAGGCUGCGUGAUCAGUCAGACUAGCAGAGAGCUGAACUGGUGAGUGGGUCUGAGGCUUUCAUGGGCUUUCGAGUUUCCCACUGGAGAGUGAUACCUCUCCUAGACCUGCAAGGCUAGGGCUUGAGGAAGAGUGACAUGAUAAGUGGGUGGGGACUUCCUAUCAAAAUCAGACUUAGGUCAGAUAACUGACAACAGCUCAGAUAGAGCAGGAAAAAAGGCAGAAUCCUACAGUGUUUUGAUGAUUGUUACAACUAAAAUUUGAUAUUUUAGGGUAGAGGAGACGGAAAUACUAGAGAACACAGAGUCUGAGUGGAGAAACAUUCAGAUUGUCUGCCUCAUAGCUGUGGAGUGAGCCUGUGCCUCAGCCUAGGUUGGCCCUCAUGCACCAUUAAUGAAGUUUCUAUUACUGGGUAUGAGGAGGGUGACAGCUGGGGGCAGAGAGCCCUUCUUGCAGCAGGGCUGCUCUAGGCGAUGUCUGGUGGUUAAAUUCUAGGUAUUGGGGAUCCCGUGACAGUACAUGAUGACAUUGUUUUGUUUUGUUUGAGAGAGGUUCUUUCAUUGUAGACCAGACUGUCCUUGAACUGAGUGCUGGGAUCACAGGCAUGUGCCACUGCCCCCAGUAUCCACCGCUUUUCCCUGACCUUUUCAGUUUUCUACUUUUGUGUGUGUGUGUGUGUAGUGAUGGGGAUCAAAUGCAGGCACUCACAUGCUAGGCGAGUGUUCUACCACUGAGCCAUGCCCUCUAGCCCCUCCCUUUUCUUUCCUUUUCCCCUUUCUUAUUACCUUGCUAAGGCAGAAUGUUCUCCCAGAUGCAUUCGGGGCCCUGGAUUCCUAGGCCAUAAGGAAAUGUAGGACUCUGGGGUUUACCAAACAGGGUGGGCAGUCCAGAACUGCCCCUGCUUUCCCCUUUGUGAGACUACAACAGGUCCUUUGAUUGCCUGGCUCAGGCUGAAGUACCAUUGCAGUACAGGCCUCAAAACAUGUGUUUUCUUUAGAGCGUGCGCUCAGGAUGAGGAAGGCAGGGCCUGUUCAGCAUUUGGGUUUUCUGAGGAGAGCUGUCUGAGUGAGCAGUUACCAUGAACCCUGAGCUGUUUCCCAGAGUUGUCCUUUCUGCUUCUGUGAGGCAGCAGCUGAGUGUCUCAUAUCUCCGAUCUUGUUCACCUCAAGCCAUCUACAUUCUUUCUUUCUCCCAUACUAUCAUUGCUGCUAAUGGUCAGAGUCAAGCAUGUGGCAUUACUGAAUGAGCAGGUCUUCUUGGGCUGCUAUCUAGAUGUCACUUUUUAAAUGUGGAAACAUGUAGAUACCUUCUCUAAGAGGCUUAGACUAAUGUGUCAGCCAGAAACAAUAAGCUAAGAGAAGCUUGAACUCCAGAAGAAAGAGGUUGGCAGUCUGUGUAACAGCCGGAAAAUGUACAAGCACCGCCUUUGAGACAACUCAGUGAAACUGAGCUGUGCUGUCUGCCAUUGAAGGAAGUGUUCUCACCUUGGGCUGACUGUGAUGUACAAUGUGUUAUGGAAAUUGUGAGCUGAAGCUUUACUCAAAUAGGAGUCGCUUGCUUUGAUCCCGUGUAUUUUAUGAUCCCUCUGUCAGUGACUUUCCCUUGCCUCACCCUGAGUGUGAAUUAUAGCAUGAUUGUAUAAACCUCUAUGUAGAAAAUGGAGACUUUAUGUUCUACAAAAUGUUAAGCUCUAACUGAUCCAUUUCUGUGCUCUUUAUAGCCUCAUGUGUAUGACCUUACCUCCUCAUAUAUUUAAGCUUUCCUUCUGUUGUAAAGCUUUUGUGGCAUCCCUUGUUCAGGUGGAGAGGAAGCUGUCCCUUUGCAGACCUGUACUGUAACCAUUUCUCCUUUAUAAAUAUUAUUUUCACAGGGCUGAUUGUACGCAGGGCUUAUAAUAAAAAUUUUACACUGUGUUGUGAACAAGCUGCGGUUUCUCCACUGGAGGCAACUUCAAAAGCACCUGAGGGUGGAGUGUCCCUUCUGUGACCUACUUCCUGAUACGUGAAGUCUAAUCUCAGUUUUGUCCUGUUUCAGCCUCCUGUAUAAGAAGUACCAUAUUUUCUGCCCAUCAUACUUUGUAAUAAAACUUGAACAUGUAUAGAUUGAA